AUGCUUGUUCUUUCCGCAAUCCACAAAUACCUGUCCCAGAUCCUUUGUCAAGACCUCCACACCGCCCUGCUCCUCAAUCCAGAGGGCUCUUUGGUGUCUGUUGCAGCAAACCCACAACGUCCAAAGGACCAAAUACGUAUUGUCGCAGCACUGAGUGCUGAAGUAUGGCAAGAGACUCGAGGACAGGCAUUUGGGAUGGUCGAGAGUGAGGUACUUGCCCCUUGUAUCGCAGGUGAUUCGUGUCUAACCAUCAUGCGACCUUUGUCAAAGCUCGGGCGCAUCCUAGUAAUUGCUAUUGAGAAUGAAGUGCCCCCUGAAAACCGGGAUCCUUUAUUGCUGUUGGCUCUGAAUGCGACACCUUCAGUGGAGUGGGAAGUAUUGCAAAUGAAGGGAAAAAAGAUGGCCAGGUACCUGGCUCCCUCUGUGAACAAAUAUCGUGAACAGUUUGAGGCUUCUAAAGCCCCAAGCAACACUCCUUCACCAAACCGGUCUGCUCGCUAG